CAGCGCGUCAUAUGACAGACGUCAGUGGUCAUGGCUGAAUUUCAGCCGCGCAGACGUCUGCACGAUGAGCCCAACUUGUCGAAUAAAGCCCAAACCGCUGUCAAAUCGGUCCCCGCUGACAACGCAGACGUCCUCCUCAAGCUGUUGGCUGCCGGGUUUUACGGUAUUAGUUCUUUCCUUAUUGUCGUGGUGAACAAAAGCGUCCUCACAAGUUACAGGUUCCCGUCAUCAACAUGUGUAGGGAUUGGCCAAAUGCUGGCCACUAUCGUAGUUCUCAGGUCUGCAAAGGCGCUAGGUGUCAUCAAAUUCCCAGAUAUGGACUCAACCAUACCAAACAAGAUGUUCCCCAUGCCUAUUCUCUAUGCUGGGAAUCAGAUAUCAGGCCUGUUUGGGACACAGCGAUUAAAUCUGCCCAUGUUUACGGUCUUAAGGAGGUUCGCUAUUCUGCUCACCAUGGUGUUUGAGGGACUUAUACUGAAAAAGACUUACUCCAGAUCAGUUAAGUUGACUGUAUUUACCAUGGUCUUGGGAGCGUUGGUUGCAGCCAGCUCCGAUCUAGCCUUUGAUCUCCAGGGAUACACGUUCAUUAUGCUGAACAAUCUGUUCUCGGCAGCUAGUGGCGUUUACAUGAAGCAGAAGUUGGACUCCAAGGAGCUUGGGAAGUACGGUCUACUUUACUACAAUGCACUGAUCAUGAUUUUCCCUACAUUGGCAUACGCUUUCUUUGCCGGUGACUUGCAUACGGCUAUGGAGUUUGAUGGAUGGUCCGAUGCAAUGUUUGUUCUACAGUUUCUCCUCUCCUGUAUUUUUGGUUUCAUCUUGAUGUACUCCACGGUGCUUUGCACUCAGCUCAACUCCGCCCUCACUACAUCCAUCGUAGGCUGCAUUAAAAACAUCUUUGUCACAUACAUUGGUAUGGCGGUCGGUGGAGACUACAUAUUCACCUGGACCAACUUCAUUGGCCUUCACAUUAGUAUUGCUGGAAGCCUUGUGUACUCUCACAUCAUCUUCACACGGGAGCAAUCAAAAAAUAUCUAGACCAAAGAUGCACAAUGUUCUCCAUGGAAGAAAAAGCACGACUGAAUUGUAAUUCAUAAAUAUAUCAACAUGUUUAAUGUACAGGUAAUGAUAAAUGUGAAGUGAAUAGCAAAUAAGCAUGUCGUUUUUAUAAGCCGUUAGGCCACAGCUUUUAUAUUCAUGAAUAAAUGGCAAAAGAUACAAA